CUAUACUCACUCACUCACUAACUACACCUUCUGAUGGCAAACAAAGUCACCGUGGCUGCCCCCAGCUACGGAUGUUGCGUUCUAUGUAAAAUACAAAGUCACUCUGCCUGCCCCCAGCUACGUUCAUUGUUUUCUGGUCAACACGGAAGCAAAUUAGUUAGGCAAUCAAAAUCCAGACAGGGGACAACACUAUACAAAUAAUUACUUGACGAGGUCAAUAUGCGAAAACAAGGACCGGAGGACAUGAGGUGGCCUAACCAGAACGAGGCCGCAGGCCGAGAUCUGCUCAGCCCGCGGAAGGACUCGAGUCGGAGUAUUAGAAGUGUACUUUACUCUCUCAUUGAGGACGCUAAAACCAGGACACGUUUGUAGUGCGUGUGUCAUGGUGAGCCAGUAAGCAGGGAAACAUGUUUUUUUGCAGUUUCAUACUAAUCUAAGAAUAUGACGUCCCCGAUGGUAUGGCGGAGACUUGGUCUUGUCCUCCUGGGUAUUGUUGUUGGUCUGACAUUGGCCGUCUGGCAUGGAGUCUUCGUAUCCCCCGUCAAUUUCCUGCAUUCAGCAGAGCAAGGCAGUCAUGCCCCCCUUCGAACUUUUUCGGGCAGAUGUGGCGCCAACCUUUCACAUACCAAAGAAGAGGAAAUUAGGACUUCAACAUGCGUGACCAGCUUUGCCAGUUUCAGGGCCAAAUAUGGGUCCGUAGAUCGCCCCAAGAUGGAGAUUGAUCGUGUCGACAGUCAUUCCUAUCUAACAGCUGACAGUCGAGUGUUAGAAGUCGGAGGAUAUACUGGUGUAGAUGCGGCUAAGCUAAUCAAGAAAUACAACCCCCAUUAUUUGGCUCUCGAACCUGUACCCCGUUAUUACACUAUUUUGGAACAGCGGUAUAACAAUAAUCCCAAAUACAAACUUUUCAAAUUUGGUCUCGGCAAGGAGAACAAGACCUUACUUCUGAAUAUAGAUAACGAUGCCACGUCACUAUUUCGGGCGAAACAUGCGUCGAACAAAACCAAGGAGGAGGUUGCUUAUAUUCAUGAAAUUAAGGGCUUCUUUAAAAGUGUUGAUGUGUAUACAAACCCCAUAGAUCUGAUCACAAUCAACUGUGAGGGGUGUGAAUAUGAGUUGCUUGAACUGCUGAUAUCAUCCGAAAUAGUGACGUAUCUGAAAAACAUCCAGUUUCAGUUUCACCUUGACCUUCCAGGAAUAGCCAAUCAGGAGUGUCGUUACUGCCAGAUCAUGACAUUGUUGUCCAGGACACACAGACCUACUUUUCAGUAUUCCUACAUAUGGCAGAGCUGGAGGCUGAAGAAUAUUUGAUUUUAUGUUGUUUAAAUUUAUUUAGGUUGAGUUUUUUAAGUUUUCAUUCCUUGGUGCUGAUGGAUUUAAGGUAAUGAAUCAGUAAUUCUGUGAUUGAAUGUAUGUUAAGUUCGAAUAUUGAAAACAACACAAGAACACAGAAUAUUUGCAUAACACAUUAAUGCCAUAGUAUAACAUUUCAUUCAUUACUGUUUGUUUUGGAUAUGUAUAUACACGAAUUUCAUUAGUUAUGUACUUGCAUAAUUAUUUCUGCGCCGUGGGCCUCUUGAUUAUUAGUGUAUAUAACUAUGCUCACAUGUUUUAUGGGGCACGCAGGCAUGAGGGGCACGAUUCUAUAAAUGUGAGGUUAUAUUUGUUGGUAUUUCCACAAAAUAAACAGAAAUGAACUGCG